CACGUCCAAGGAAGAAUUGCUCUAUUCAACAAGAAGUUUUGAAAGGAAACAAUUGAUGCCCUUGCGCUUGAACCUAAAAACUUCAAAGUUUCUAGAUCUUUGAUAUAUAUAGAUGUCUAGAUAACCUAAACAAAAUAUUCUUGCCCAGGGAAUAUGACAAUCCGCGCCGAUCAAGAAGAGGAAAGUAAACUUCACGUUGGAGCCCGACUAGACAACCUCAAGUUGGUACGCGCAGCUAUUAAAGAAGGAUCAGAUCCAGACGCCCUGGGAAUAAAUGGCAGGACUGCAUUGCACGAAGCCAGUUCUUGUGGCAACCUAGAGAUAACAAUCGCACUUCUUGAAGGUGGUGCCGAUCCAAAUAUUCAGGAUAGCCUAAGAUGUACCCCUCUCCAUCUCGCCGCAAUCAAUGGUCAUUUAGAAGUCGUUCGCAGCCUAGUGCGCGCUGGCGCUCGGCUGGAUUUAAAGAACGCUGAAGGAAAAAUACCUCAGAGUUGUGCCAGCGAUGAUUGCUUGGACUUUCUUGCGAGGCAACGUGCUGAAGAGUUCAUAACUGUGAGACCUUCUCCAGUCGAAGAAAACUCUGUUCGAAAGCUAUAUGGUCCCAAAGCAAGCCAAAGCCCAGUUCUGAAGAAGCAUAGGCAGUCAUCACCGUGGUCAGACAGUUCUCAGAGCUCGCGUGAAAGUAUGACGUCAAGUAGUUCAGGUUCCAGUGACAGCUGUUGUGAAUCAUCAUAUGCUGCAUAUCAACCAGGGCCUGGAGAAGUGAAAGUCUCUUUAGAUUUUAGCCCCAAUAGACGCUUUCUGGAUAUUCACGUUGGAGAAAUUAAAGAUGUGAAACUUCCUGCAGGUCACAAUAUGUCGCACAUCUACGUUAAAGGAUAUCUUGUUCCUGACAAGUCGAAGGACUCAAAACGGAAAACAUGCUUACGUAAACUUGGGCGGUCAGAAGAAAGAAGAACUUCAAGAGAUAGUGUAACUUUAUGGGACAAUGAAGAAGCUGAGAGCGAUAAAACUGCUGGGAAACGAAUGGGCCAGAGAUUAGUAUCUUCACUGAAGAGGGGAAGUCGCUCAUCCUUGCAUAGAGAGAAGAGUCGAGACCAAAGCAAGCCAGCACCUGUUUACCGCAUAUCAACCACAUUUGGAGAGACUUUUCAUUACAACGCUGACGAACUGAGGAGGGUGAAUGUGGAAACCUGCAAUGUGUUGUUGACGAUCUGUGGCCGCAAUCGUGUAACCACUCGAGCACAGCCUAUCGCUUGUCUCACUUUACCAUUAGCAGGUUAUGCUAAAAUGGUUAAACCCGAUUGGUAUCCUUUAGCGUACAAGAUACUGUUGCCCAGUGGGUAUGAUGUGGCUGAGGAACGAGAAUCAUUCAGAGGAAGCAGAUCGUGGGAACAAAAAGGAGGUAAGUUCACCGGUCGAAGCCUGGCUUGGAAUGGAGCAUCAAAGGCAAUGUCUAUGCCUAAUAUAGACGUGUCUGUUGCGGCAUCACAAAUGUCAGAUGGAAAUUUUAUUCAGAGAGGAGAGGACGGAUUCCCUCCAAGUGGUUCUAAAAAGCAGACGAAACACAGCAAACCUGGGAAGCUUUUGAAAAAGGAGUUUAAAAUCCUGAAGGGCAGAGGAAAUCACAGAUACAGAAAUAAUCCCGCAAGCCAGGAACUAGGCAAAGAAGAGAGAGCUGAUGAUAGCUUCAUGGUUAACAUUGCAGAGCGUAGUUCUACUAUUCCAGGAGCGAGUCGUGGUGGCAUCGACUUAAAUAAAUCGCUCUCCGGGAGCAGAAGGCGAAGUACGGCGAGUAAUAUAGGAUUACAUGAAUAUCCAGUCUCUCGGGACUAUCCAAAUGACAGUACAGAAAUAAUUUCGCUUGACGAGGAAGAGGAACGCGCCUCAAAACCAGAACUUGAGCAUAGAUCAUCGUUUGCUCGAUCGCUGAAAUACAGUCGAGCUUUUCAACAGCAGGCCUCAGCAGCCAGGAGACGAGAGGCGGCGGGAAACGACAUAGAUGUGGAAGACUUCGAAGAAACAUCGGACACGCCCUUUGCAGUCAGUAACUUUCAUGGACAGAAAAGGGGAAUCGCGUGUAAUUGAACCGUUAAUUAGUAAUUAUUUCAAUAAAAACUUAGUUUAGUUACAUUUGCGGUACGAAAAGAUUUCUCCAUGUUAAUUAGACGAAAAUAAAAAUUUGUUUAAGUUUCUCUCCA